GGGAAGUUUUGCAGGGCUUACGCUGGCAGUCAGUCCGCUGUUUGCAAAUAUUGUGUGGGCUCCGCGCGCGGCGGGCUGCGGAGGGUCUGGACCGGGCGUCUGAUCGCCGGGCCCGGGAGUUUGCAUGAAACUUUCACCUGCGCUCGCGGGGACAGUUUCGGCUCCGACGCCAGACCGCGUAGCGCCCUGUCCUCCCGGCCGCGGGGACUGUCUUUUCCAGCCCGACAUGGAUGUGCUCCCCAUGUGCAGCAUCUUUCAGGAGCUCCAGAUCGUACACGAGACGGGCUACUUCUCGGCCCUGCCGUCCCUGGAGGAGUACUGGCAACAGACCUGCCUAGAGUUGGAACGUUACCUCCAGAGCGAACCCUGCUAUGUUUCAGCCUCAGAGAUCAAAUUUGACAGCCAGGAAGAUCUGUGGACCAAAAUCAUUCUGGCUCGGGAGAAAAAGGAGGAAUCUGAACUGAAGAUUUCUUCUAGUCCCCCAGAGGAUACGCCGAUCAGUCCAAGCUUUAGUUACAACAUAGAGACCAACAGCCUAAACUCAGACGUCAGCAGCGAAUCUUCUGACAGCUCAGAGGAGCUUUCACCCACUGCCAAGUUUACCUCUGACCCCAUUGGCGAAGUUUUGGUCAAUUCGGGAAAUUUGAGUUCCUCCGUCACCUCCACACCUCCUUCUUCUCCAGAACUGAGUAGGGAUCCUUCUCAACUGUGGGGGGGUGUGUCCAGUGAGCUGCCCUCGCCAGGAAAGGUGCGCAACGGGACUUCAGGGAAGCCCGGGGACAAGGGCAGUGGUGACGCCUCCCCAGACGGCAGGAGAAGGGUGCACCGGUGCCACUUCAAUGGCUGCAGGAAAGUUUACACCAAAAGCUCCCACUUGAAAGCACAUCAGCGCACGCACACAGGAGAAAAGCCUUACAGAUGCUCAUGGGAAGGGUGUGAGUGGCGUUUUGCAAGAAGUGAUGAGUUAACCAGACACUUCCGAAAGCACACCGGUGCCAAGCCUUUUAAAUGCGCUCACUGUGACAGGUGCUUCUCCAGGUCCGACCACCUGGCCCUGCACAUGAAGAGGCACCUCUGAGGGGGCAGAGAAGUGAAUCCUGUAGGCUAAAAGGCUUCCAGGCUGAGAGAUGGCCAUGGAAGGAGGGAUGCGUGUUCCAGCCAAAGCAUGCCAUUUGCACCCCACCCAGUUGCCUCCAGGACCUCUCCUCGGAAGGUCUUUCGAGGGCUACACAGUCAUGUAAGGAGCGGCAUUGCACCGUGGUGCGUGGUGUCUGGGUGACCCUGGAGUUGCCACUGGUCCUCACCUUCUGAGUGGCUCCUGAGCCUUUGCCGUGAGCAUGCGCACUGAGAAUGUUAAUGGUUGGGUUGACUGUAUGUUGAGGAUCUAUCACUGACUGUAUGAUGAGGUAAACUUUUUCUCCUUGUGGCAGCGAGACUGCAAGAGACAGGAAAAAAGUAGUUUGAAUGUUUUGUGUGUAAGGAGUAUACCGUGAGAUGAGACAACCACCAGUCAUUUCCUGGGGGGUGUCUGCACCUUAGAAAAACAAAACAAAACAAAAAACAACAACAAAAAACAAAAAACAAAAAAAAGGAAAAACCUGGAGGGUGGGAGUGGGAACUCAGGACCCCAGAGCGGUGAGUGGUAUGGGGAAGGGGAGCCUCUUUACCCCUUUCCUGUGUGAAAGGAACUUUUGGUGUCUGGUGCAGCUAUUAAACGUGCAAUGUGUCAAGUAGCUUGUUUUACUUGCUACAACAGAGCUCAUUUGUAACCCAUUGUAUAAGCUGUGUAUUUACAAAUAUAACACAAUGAUACUUUUCCUUAUAAUACAAAAAGUCAUGCAUGGUCUGGGAAACUGUAUGCUUUUCCAUUUUUAAAUCAGGACUGCAAUCUUGAUUCCAGUUAAUGAGCAGCUAAGAUACAAUUUGUCUAAUACAGUAAUCCCUAGCCACCUGGGCCUGGCAAUACACAAUAUUUCCCCCAUUCAGUUUCGUACCACUCCCUUCCAGAAAGAUGUCGUGCAGCAUAGGAUUAGUUUUUAAAUGAUUCUGAAUUUAAGUUAAGUUUUUGGAGGUUUUUGUGAUGCCCUUUGAAGAAAUUGGACAUAUACUGAGUCAAAAAGCUGGGGCUGGGAAUUGCUGGUCUGAUGUUACAGUAGACUGAGAACUAAAAUUUUUCUCAGUUGGGUGGAUAAAACCACUAAAGCUUAGAACUGUUUUCUCAUGCAGCUAUGUUUCUCUUAUUUAUGCCUUGAGGACUAAUUUCUGGUUUUCUAGCUGUUAAUGCACUGUUGACCUUCAUAAUGGUGCCUUAUGCAAGUGACCCCUUUUGUGGGGGUCUCACACAGGGGUAUGGGUGAUGCAUGCUUUAUUAAGGCUCUUUUUUCACCUGGCAUUGUACUGUAUCAAUGUAUAAUACAGAAAAAAAAAAACCUCUUUUAGGUCCUCCUUCACAAAGACAAAUAGAUGAAAACUCCCUUAACUUGUCAGUAUUUGUUCAAUAUUUUAGACAACUUGACUAUCAGUGUUAAAAUGGAAAACACAUGAUAAUCGAAAGAUCUGACCAAUUCUGCCACCGUGAACUGUCACAUAGAUCUUGCACAACAAGUGUAUAGACCACACACCGGCUGUAUUUAAUAUGUAACAUUUCCCACACAUUAAUGAUACAGAGUAUGAAACAAUGUUAGUGUAUUUGCUUAAAAGGCACAAGUUUCAUGUACCUGUCUAGCUAUCUGUUGGUAAUACAGAAGGUAUACUACUUUUUUUAAAAAGUUGGCAGGAUUCUUGUGUAUGUAUAUUUGUGUGUACAGUAUGUGUAUGUGUGUAUAUAUAUAUUAUAUAUAUAGAUAAUAUAUAAAUAUUUUUUUUAAGGAGAAACUAGAAUGUUUUGCUAGAAAAGUCCACAGCCUGUGAAGAAAUAUUUCAAAAUGGCCAUAAAGGAGGUAAAAUGAAAGCUAUAAUCUAACUUUUAUAGAGGCUUUAUCUUUAAUUUAAUGAUUUGCUAAAGACUUUCUUGGCAUUGAAUCUAUUCCACACUGCUGACUUUGCUUGUUGCUAUUGGCAAUUCUGGAAUAGGGUCCCUUUGGCCAUUCAGAAGUGGCGUGAACAGAAUACUGGAGCGCUAGUCAGACUCAGACACACUAAGGUUUUUAUUUUGAAUGUCAGCCUUAUUAGAAGAUCUAACCUAAGCUAAUCACAGGGAUUCUUUUUAGAACACUUUUUAUGCAAAUGAAGCUAUUUUUUCCAGCAUGUAGAUUUUCCAAGUUUUUCCAAGGAGUAAUUUCCCCAAAUUGGCAUACCACAGCAUGGACAGCUGAUAUUUCAUCCCGCUGUGGGUUCGUGGGUGUGGAUCUUUUCUUUAUAUAUAUAUAUAUACACACACAUAUAUACAUAUACAUGUGAGUCUGGCUGGGCUGGUAUUUUGUUUGAUCUUCCUGGAGAUGAGCGAUGAUUAAAGCUCACGUAACUGGUUUUUUUAAUCUGGGCUGAUGAACACAUUUACCUAAAGAACUCAUUUCAAUUUGCUUAGGGGGAAAAUGCACUUUUCUUUUGGCAAUUCGAAAUCCAAGCACUUGAUUUGCUGGGUUUUGGAAAACUCCUUUUUUGGCCCUGCUGUGUGCUUAGCCAUAACAAUUCCAUUAAGCAAGAAGGUAAACAAAAGACCAAAAAAAAAGAAAGAAAGAAAAACUUGCACUGGCUUGUCUCACUUAUGAAAAACACCACUGGAGUUGUUUGGCUGGGCGGGGCUGGGGCCAUACAUGUCAAUGCCUGUAAUUUUCAUAAUGAGCAGGUACAUAAAGAAGUACAUUCUGUUCAGGUGAUAACUGAGCCUCAAUCAAGCAGAAACUUUUUGCUUGAAAUUUAAAAAAAAAAGAAAAAUUUCUAUUAGUGAAAUUUCUUUUUCUUUUCUUUCUUUUUUUUGUUUUUGGAAGCACCCUGUUAUCUAAAGAAUCUUUGUAAGAUUUUUGUAAAAUUUUGUUUUACAAGAUUUUAUUUGAAAUUGUUUUUUGCAAGAUUGUUAUAUUUCUGUAUGAAUGUAU